GAUGCUGACAGACUCCUGAUAGAUGGUUAAAAAUGGCGAAAUCUCGUUCGACCCCUGCGAGCCACCACCUGACUGUAGCACUGUAGGUCGGAACAUGUAGUAUCUGAAGCUGGACGUCUGCGCUCCUUUCCCUCUUUUUUUUUCUUUGACCCGUGUUUGUUCAUCUCACGUUGUUCUCUGCGAGUGCUGGAAUAUCUUCCGUGUUUAAAUGGCAUCCACAAGGCGCCGCCGCCUUCUGUGCUUUUUGGGAAUACUCCUGAACGCUUUAAUCGGUGUGAUGUGUGAGGCAGAGCUGUCCUUCACCUUGGAGCCCAGUGACAUUAUCGCUGUGCAGGAGCAGCCUCUCAUGCUCCACUGCCAGGUGGAUGGCAUCCCCCCGAUUACGACACAGUGGAGGCGUAAUGGCCUACUUUUAACUCAGGACCAGCAUCAUACCACCUUCAUCAAUGGCUCACUGCUGAUCGCGCACUUCCAGAAGACCAAAUCUGACGGCUCCUCUGAUGAGGGCGACUACGAGUGCAUCGCCCAGAAUUCCUUUGGGUUGGUGGUGAGCCGUAAGGCACGCAUUCAGGCAGCCACCAUGGCAGAUUUCCACGUCCAACCCGAGUCGGUGCACGCUGAGGAGUCCGGCGUGGCCAGAUUCCAGUGCCAGAUUCACGGCCUGCCAGAGCCGGUCAUCAGCUGGGAAAAAGACAGCCGUCCAGUGGACACCAGGAAUGAGAGGUACACUCUCCUGCCCACAGGCGUUCUUCAGAUCACAGGAGUGCGUGAGGAGGACAGUGGAAGGUUCUGCUGUGUGGCUCAUAACAGUGCAGGAGUGAAACACAGUGCUGAGGCACUCCUAACAGUUUCAGGCUCUCAGUCAUCUGUUUACAAAGAACCUGUGAUCGUGGUCGGUCCAGAAAACCUAACCCUCACAGUUCACCAAACGGCUAUCUUGGAGUGUGUUGCCACUGGAUACCCUCGGCCCAUUGUGUCAUGGAGCAGACUAGACGGCCGUCCCAUCGGGGUGGAGGGAAUCCAGGUGCUCGGCACAGGAAACCUGAUGAUCUCAGAUGUUGGUGUGGAGCACUCCGGGGUCUACGUAUGUGCCGCUAACAAACCAGGGACGCGUGUGCGCAGGACUGCUCAAGGACGUCUGGUGGUCCAAGCUCCAGCAGAAUUCGUUCAGCCUCCGCAGUCCAUCGCCCGGCCCGUCGGCACCACCGCUAUCUUCACCUGUCAAGCGCGGGGCGAGCCUGAGCCGCAGCUCACCUGGCUGAAGAACGGGCAGAUUCUGGAGCCCGGGGGGCACGUCAAACUCAGAAACAACAACAGCACACUGACGAUAUAUGGCAUCAGCCAGGAUGACGAGGCUAUCUACCAGUGCAUCGCUGAGAACAGCGCGGGCUCUACACAGGCCAGUGCCCGCCUCACGGUGCUCUGGGCUGAUGGACUGCCUGGCGUUCCCACCCACGUGCAAGCAGAGGCCCUCUCCCCCACCACCAUACAGGUGUCCUGGAGGGAACCCGAUAAAAACACUCAGGACAUCAUCGGUUAUGUGCUCCACAUCCGCCGGACCUCAGACCCAGCGGAGAUGGAAUACGAGGAGGCCGUCAGUAAGGUCACGCUGCAGCAGAUCAUCCGGGACCUGGAGCCCUCCACCAAUUAUACCUUCUAUGUGAAGGCCUACACAUCCCAUGGGGCCAGCAAACCUUCGGACAGUGUCACCGAGAGCACUCAUGGAGAGGUGCCAGCUCCUCCUUCCCUCUACACAAAGGUGGUGAACAGCAGUGUUGUGCAAGCAACAUGGGAGUCCUCCUCCAAGAUGGGCCAGCCUCAGGGCUUCAGGCUGUAUUACAGGAGAGCGCACACACCACUGUUCACUGGGCCCAUCACCUUCCCUCGCAACAUCACCCAGUACAACAUCACUCAUCUGGAUUCCUCACUGGUCUAUGAGAUAAAGUUGAUUGCUCACAACCAGCAUGGAGAUGGGAAUGCCACCAUACGAUUUGUUUCACUUCGGGAGGCAGUGGCCAAAUCAGUGUUGGACGGCCCAUGCGACUGUGUGAAAGAUGAGCAGGGCAAAACAUCCACCACGGGCAUCAUAAUCGGCAUUCACAUCGGCAUUACCUGCAUCAUCUUCUGCGUGCUCUUCCUCGUCUUCAGCUACCGUGGCAGAUUAAUGAUGUGUAAGACAGUUCAGGCCACCCCCCAGGCAGGGAACGGCGCUGCUGUGGACUCUUCUUCGUCUUCCCAGGGAGCCUCUGGGCUUAACGGGGCUGCCAGAAGAGAGAUGGAGGUCAAUGGCAGCGCAGCGAGGAAGAAAGUGGUUGACAGCAAUGAGCUUGAGAGCCUUUUCAUGCAGCCGAACACAAGAGAUAUGUGCAUGUCUGAUUCCUACAUGCUGAAUGACACCCAGCUGUCUACGAUACCGCUGGAUGAGUUUGCCGUGGAGAGGGAAACCCAAUUCCGAGAGACUCCUGCAGCAGGAGCAGCUCAGCAGGACCAAGGCUAAUGAUGUAUGAAGGCCAAUUCACACGACACUGUCCAGUGUCCACGCAGACUUUUCUCUCACUCAGGUUGACAGAUUGUUGUUGUUUUUUCAAAGUCGUCAUUCCUUUUGUGCAAAGACUUUUUUUUUUAUAAAGGAGUUCUGGAGGAUCUAGGACUGUAUAUCUGGUCUGGGCUGUUUCUAUCUUGGGAGCCCGAUGAAUUUUUAGUUUUUGUUUUGGUCUUUGGUUAAUUUCCUGGUGUUGGGCAGCACAGAAGACAGAGGCCCCAGAAUGUCCUUGUUAUACAAUGGUUUUAUUUUUAAGUUUAUAAAUAUAUGUAUAUAUAUAAAUAUAUACACUAUAUCUUUAUCACUUAUAUGUCAAAGCGGUUAUAAGUUAUUGGUCUUAUCUCUACUUUUCCGUGGAUGUCAAAGACUCCUGCUGCCUACUCUCACCUACCAAUGAUUCCACCUUCUUGUUCACAGAAGAUCUCAGCCUUCUUCCAGGGAUUCGAUAUAUUCUGCCUCAGGACUUUGUUUCGGUGAUAUCAACAUUUUUUUUUAUGAGUUUUCGGCCUUCAUGCAGGCGUUAGACUUGGCUGCGUGAACCUUGCGAUAGAAAGAAAAGAAAGAAACCUACCUCAGCCGGAAUGAAUGUGUAGUGGGAAGCUUUUAGGGACUUUACCUUCCCCUGUGCUCACAGUUACUUUACAUGCAGAGGAAUUGGUUUGGAAGUGACAAAAUCAGGUGCCGCUCUACCUCAGAUGUCAAGAAUCAUCUCUCUUCUCCUGCUUGUCGAAGUAAAACAGAAAAAAUAAAGAAAACAAAAAAAAAGUAUCCAACAUAAAGCACUUCCAAAUGCUGAAAUUAAUGUUCUACCUCAAGAUAACAAUGUUAAUGUUGUCGCUGUUGUUGUUGUUUGUCUGUUUAUUGCAUAAUGAAAAACCCUCUUUUGGCCCUUUGUGAUGUCCUGGCUUCCCUCUGUUGAUGAAUAUGGUGUUUGUAGAUACAGCGUCAGUACCUCAUGCAAGCUGACAGACUGAUAACAUGUUGGACGAGUUACGGUGUGUUGGAAAUAUGUAUGAAUUAUGCUAAUCUAUUGUAAGCCUUUUGCUAGAUUUGACUUUAUUUUAAAGAUUGUAAUUUUUUUUCCCACUGUAGUUGCUUCAGUUGAAUGACAAGACUGUUAGAGAUACACUGCAUUGUUAAUGACAUCUUAAAGACUAAUUGUGCAUGAGAUGAGAUGUCAUGUGAAGUUUUAUUGAUUAAAAUAAGCAAAACACUUAAUGCAUAGACAACAUAGAUGUAGCUACAAUUGGCAUUAUGAUUUAAUUGUGUCCGCUUGCAUGCAUGUGUGAUUUUAUUUUAAAUGGAAUGGAUGUUUUUUUGUUUUUUUUAAAUAGAUAAAACUAAAUUGAGCACAAAUGUUAACAGAAAAUGGCCCGUGUCCACAAAUAGUUUGGAUAAUAUUUUUGGAAUAUUUGCUUAUUGGCUUUCUUGCUGGCAGAUGAAACCGCUCUCAUUUCAUCUUUUGUCAGUUUUAAGGUCAUAGCUGUUUGGCAAGUAGCCUAGUCCUAAUUCCAAAAUUGUUGUUAACCAUCCCCGGUUUCUUAGAUGGUUAGAUGAGGGGAUUAAAAAUCGAAAUUCUCUAACACAUGCUAUUAAAUAUAUCUUUUUUUAAUAUGUAAAAAAGCCAAAGCUUAAAAACAACUAUUUGGAAGAGAUUUGUCUAUUAAAUACACGUAUCUGCUAUUUCUUUUAUUUUGUCCUGUUAUCUAAUAUUUAACUGUAGUUUUGACAACAGAGAUAUGAGAGCGGUAUUUAACCUCUGGAAAGAAAGCAAAACAAGCUCUAAUUUAUUUUUUUUGACAGCAGUGUAUCUCUAAACUUUUUAUGAAUAUUUGUGUCAGCAUCACCUUCUUAUUUUGUUUUCACAUCACAUUUCCAACCUCCUUUACAAACGCAGCAGUAGCCUUUUAUUUCUCUUCUGGUGCCCAGUAGACGUAACAGUUGCCGGUUAAGCUUGUUUACUGUUACUCUUCUCAAAACUAUACUUGCUGCUCAGCCUUCUCCCUCCUAUCAACGCUGACUAUGUGCUUCAGGUGCUUAUAAUAUCUUUGAAUGCUGACGAGCACAGACAGAGAGCUGGCUGAGGGAGAUGGGCGGUUGUUGGGUAGCUAAACAAUUACAGGGCUUUUCUCUCGCCGGCUCUCUGCUCAGUGUUGUCACUUGCUGUACAGGAACUGAUUUGAUGCAUUAUGGUUACCUACCUCAACCUUGUUGUUGGCCUUUCUCUCAGGUCUUAAUGAAGGACACGUACAGAGUAUAAACAAUGAAAUUAAUGUAUAUAUAUAUCUACAGUCGUGUGACACAGUAAGUAUAUCUCAUGGAAAUUGCUGGCUUUUAUUACAUACUGGAGCAAGCAAAAACCAGGUCAUCUUUGAAACAAUGCCUGAAGAUAACCACUCAACUUUUUACUGAACAAAAAUAGCAGAAGAAGUUAAGCUUAAACUCAAAUACAUCAGAAGCUAGUGUUGCCCAAUAUAGCAGUAAUUACAUCUUGUAAGCCACCUGCUCAGUUUUAACAAGGCUCUUCACCUGAAAAACUGCUUGUUAUCGGUGCCAUAGCAGGGCCUGCUGUGACUUUGCUCCAGAGGAUGUAUCUGGCUCAUUCUCCAGCCUGGAGUAACAAAUCUUUGUGCAGCUGUUUCUGUGGCGAGUACUUAAAGCCAGAGAGAGGAGCGCUCUAGUGCCAGAGAGCCUUUUUGUAUUGCGGCUUGUGAGCUGUGUGUCUGUGGUUACUUGUGGUGCGUCUUAGUUGAAUUCCCAGGUGGAUUUUUCAACUGGUACGCCCCCUGAGGUCAGACUUCCAAUUAGCAAAUUCAGCACAGCCUCACCAACCCAGACUUAAUGAUUCAGUUUGGCAGCAAGUUACGUAAACAUUAGUAAAACUAUAGGGAAAUAUGGGGGCUCAUCCGGGAUUUUGAAAAAGAAGGCCU